GAUUCCAUUCUGUCGGUAUCUCCUUCAGCUGUUCUUCUAUUAAUAACGACUUUCCACUUCCCUUUGACUCUGUCUCUCUCUCUCUCUCUCUCUCUCUCUCUAUGGCCACCCUUUUCAGGCCGUUUUCACCUCCACCGGCAGCAAAAGCUAGUCAAUUCAAUUUCUCUGAUUCAUCAAACCCUCCAUUUUCUUUUCUAAAAACCCAUCACCCAUCUUCAAGAAAAUCUUUCUCCAAAAUCCAAAGCAGCAAGUUUGGCAAUUUCCUUGACUUGAAACCCGAGUCAAAACCCGAGUUCUUCGAUUUCGACCUCACCAAAUUCGACCCAUCAAGCCGUUCUCGCUUGGAUGUGAUUAUAAUCGGCACAGGCCCUGCUGGGCUUCGUCUUGCAGAGCAGGUUUCAAGCUAUGGCAUUAAGGUAUGUUGUGUUGAUCCUUCACCCCUUUCUAUGUGGCCAAAUAACUAUGGUGUCUGGGUCGAUGAGUUUGAAAGCUUGAACCUUGAAAAUUGCUUAGACAAAACAUGGCCUAUGGCUUGCGUUCAUGUUGAUGACAAUAAGACCAAGUAUUUGGACCGUCCUUAUGGUAGAGUCAGUAGGAAGAAACUCAAGACUCUGUUAUUGGAGAGAUGUCUCUCCAGUGGGGUUCAAUUUCACAGGGCCAAGGUGUGGAAAAUUGAGCACCAAGAGUUUGAGUCUUCGAUUUUGUGUGAUGAUGGGAAUGAGCUCAAGGCAAGCUUGGUUGUUGAUGCUAGUGGGUUUGCUAGCAGUUUCAUAGAGUAUGAGAAGCCAAGGAACCAUGGGUAUCAGAUUGCUCAUGGUAUUUUGGCUGAAGUGGAAGAACACCCCUUUGAUUUGGAUAAGAUGCUUCUGAUGGAUUGGAGAGAUUCCCAUCUUGGAAAUGAACCUUAUUUGCGUACUAGUAAUUCUAAAUUUCCGACGUUUCUCUACGCUAUGCCAUUUGAUUCAAACUUGGUAUUCUUAGAAGAAACUUCACUUGUUAGUAGGCCAGUGUUAUCUUAUAUGGAGGUUAAGAAACGAAUGGUUGCGAGGCUAAGGCAUUUGGGAAUCAGAGUGAAGAGGAUAAUUGAAGAUGAGAAGUGUUUGAUCCCAAUGGGAGGCCCUCUUCCUCGGAUCCCCCAAAGUGUGAUGGCAAUUGGAGGGACUUCUGGGGUCGUCCACCCUUCAACUGGGUACAUGGUGGCUCGGACCAUGGCUCUAGCCCCGAUAUUGGCUGAGGCCAUUGCAGAGUGCCUUGGCUCAACCCGAAUGAUUAGAGGGCAGCCACUUUAUCAUAAAGCAUGGAAUGGCUUGUGGCCAAUUGAAAGGAGAUGUGUACGGGAGUUUUACUCUUUUGGUAUGGAGACUUUGUUAAAGCUUGAUCUGGAUGGGAGCAGAAGGUUCUUUGAUGCUUUCUUUGACUUGGAUCCUUAUUACUGGCAUGGGUUUCUCUCCUCAAGGUUGUCUCUUAGAGAGCUUGCUUUGUUGAGUUUAUCGCUGUUUGGCCGUGCCUCUUCCCCAUCUAGGUUCGAUAUUGUUACGAAGUGUCCUUUGCCUUUGGUUAAACUGAUGGGUAAUCUAGCACUUGAAGCUGCAUAAUACUGUAACACUUGGAAACAAUUGCUUUUUGUUUCAUUCUGUAAUGUUGUUCGUGUUGUUAGCUUGGACUAUACACAUUGGUCCAUUCCUUAUACAAUAUACUUUACCAGAAUAUUAGAGCUCUAGUUUCAAGUGCUCCUUGUUAAAUGAUUGGAUUAGAACCUCUUCUCACAU